GAAUGAUUUUUUUAGGGGUGGGAUUCACAGACGCAGAGAAAGGAAACGACUUAACUUGGGGUAGACUACGCAGCUGAUUGGCUGUGAAGAGCUGAGUGAUGGGUCGGAAGCUGGAUCUGUCUGGUUUGACACAGGAGGAGGCGGACCAUGUGUUACAGGUGGUGCAGAGGGACAUGAGCCUGAGACAGAGAGAGGAGGCGCGUUUAAGUGAGAUGAAACAGAAGCUGGAUGAGGAGGUUAGUCGGUGCUCUCUGCUCUCCAGGCAGCACAGGUUUAAUGAACGCUGUUGCAUCCGCUGCUGCUCUCCCUUUACCUUCCUGCUCAACCCCAGACGCCCCUGUCUUGACUGCCGCUACAACGUCUGCAAGGGCUGCUGCUCCUACAGCCAGGGGGACCGCGGCUGGAUCUGCUCCGCCUGCCAGAAGAGCAGGCUACUGAAAACCCAGUCACUGGAGUGGUUCUACAGUAACGUGAAGAGGCGCUUCAAAAGGUUUGGCAGUGCCAAGGUCCUCAGGACCCUGUACAGAAAGCACCUGGUCCAGCACGGGGCCCUGCCAGAGCUCACAGAGGGAAGCACAUAUGAAGAGAGCACUUGCAAUGAAGGAAGCGUGUAUGAGAGUGACUCAACAUUCUACAGGCAAAGCGAAGAGCAUAGUAUGGCAGAGACAAUCAACGUGGCUUUGCGUGUAGCAGAAGAAGCCAUAGAUGAAGCCAUCACCAAAGCGGAGGGUCAAACUGAAAAUCAGGAAAAACAGAAGGAGAGGCCCAGUAUCUACGAAGAGAACAGAGGAGAGCUCGUUGAAGAGUUAGCCACAACAAUUGUGCCAAAGAUAAUCCGCAGGAGGAGGGAGCUCUCAGAUAUGCGACCCGAGUAUAAUCCAGACUGGCUAGCUCAGCGGGAGAAUGAGCCGUCAUCUCCUGGCUGCCCUACCAAUCAACCUCAGAGUGCUUUUCCUUCACAUGCUAGCCUCAAGACCUCUCUAUGGAGGUCCCAAUCUGCCUUUUCUCUUCCUACUGAUGACAUGCUGGACCAAAAUGGGACAGCCCAGCAGAGAGCUAGCCUCUCCCCUGACUCUGCACAGAGGCUGAAGAAAGAGGGAACAGUCCUGCCUUCCUGGAAAAGUGUAGACCGACUGGACAACUGCAGUCCUUCCUCAAUGCUGAAGAGUCCAGAUGGCAACUGGAUUGCCCUUCAGAGCACCCUGCUAUCUCGGCCGAGUUUACUGAUCAAGCGUAAGAGCCUUGUGUUUAGCAUGCUGGAGAGAGAGUCAGGUGUCGUGUCUGCAUACGAUGGUAUGGGUUCAGACACAGAAGCUGAAGGCGCCGCCUUGCUUGAAUUCCGCCGCAAAAUGACCUCUGGCCAGAACCAGACCAACCCGCAACCCCAAGACAAUCAGUCCAUGCCAGCAUACACUAUUCCAGACCACUUUGACUCUGCAAAUACCCUUGAACUUUCCAUGCAGACAUCCGAGAGUUCCACUGCCCAAUCAGGCCAGGACGCUCCACGUCUCAAGUCCCACAAACCUUUGCUGCACCUAGUGAAAAGGAAGAUCGCCCUGGAACACAGGCGAGGGUCUUCUUCUCGUCGGCCCAGCGUGAUGGACAUUAACUUUAACCCAGAGGGUGCAGAGAGCAGUGAAGAUGGUUUGGAGGAUAGCAGGGUCAGGAGGUCACGCCGUAGGAGAAGGAGCAAGAAGGAGGAGUCAGCAAGUACUGCUUCCUUGCUGGAGUCAAGUGGCAAGCUAUUGGAUGCUCUAGAGAGGAGGCGGGACAUUAGGCAAGAAACACCUCUCCUGAGUGACCAGGUUAUGGAUGCUGAAACCACUGACACUGCUACUCCAGAUAUUCUUAGCUCUGGGUUUGUGACUCCUGAUGCUUUAGACUCAAAGGACAAUCCUUUGGGUGAAGAUAUUCACUCAGCCCACGGUGUCAUAGGUUCUCUGGAUCAGAAACUGGUGUCAAAACUCCAGGAGCUUGCCAGUCAAGUCAGCGAAGCACAGUUAUCCUCUACCGAAGAUGAGCUUGACAAGGUGGAAAAGAAUCAAGCAGAGAAGGAUGACAGUAAAACAAAAGAGAUGGAGAGAGAGGAGAUGAGGGGAGAGGCAACAUGGGAUAUGGAGGUAGACCUAAAUGGAGAAAGUUCUGGAGAAUCAGAGGACCAGGAGGAAGAGCAGAUGGAAGCUGUCAGGGCGAUAGCGAUGGAGAUAAUGGAUGAGGGGUUUGGGAUAGUACUGCAGGGAGAAAAGACUCAGGUCUCCCCAGCUGGUGGAGUGUUAGAUCAUAUGGGAGUGUUGGAUGUAGACCACUGGAUGAUGGAGAGUGACGGUGAGAAGAACAGACAGGAAGAGAAAGGGAAUGUAUAUGAUGAAUUGUGUAAUAACACUUAUAAUGAGACCAAGGAAAGACAUGACAAAAUCACAAGUGAAUAUGAGACAGAAGAACCAUAUGAAGGGGAGACAAGGUUGGGUACUGAGAAAGGACCAGAACUGCUACAAAGUGAGGUAGACAGCAAGGAAGAAAUGGAGCCAAAAAGGGGGGCUGAAAAUAUUGAAGAUCUAGUCAUUUUGAUUAAAACAGAGAGGAGUACAGAACAUACUGACUCUGAAAAAUAUCUAGAAGAGACAACAGAUGUACUUAAGAAGAAUCACACAGAUAAUGUGGAGACACUGACAAGGACUUUAGGAUUCACGGAGCAAGAAAGUCAAAAUAAGUUAGAAAAGUCAGAAGACACAGGAAUUGAAAGACAGGAUCAGACUGAGAGAAGAUUAAUUCACAGUGAAAAUGAAGAAAGUUUUGAAAAAACAGAAAGGAGAAUGGAAGACACUCCAGGUAAACCUCAUACAGAUAUUGUUGCCCCUGAAGAGGAGGAGAUGCAAUUUGAGGGAACGAUUGACAACAUUGUCAAAGUUUUGAAUGAUAUCGCGGGUGAACUGGAUGAAGAUACCGAUGAGAAAAGACAUGUACAUAUACAUACAACACAAGAAAGGUCAGCAGAUGUAAGUGUAGAAGGAGAGGGAGAAGUGGAGAUAGUUGCACAAGCAAAAGUUGAAGAAUCAGAUGUGGAACAGGAAACGGCUAGGAGAAGUGAAACUGAGCCAUCAAAGAUGUUAGACUGGGGUCAUGAGGUUGAAAGUGAGAGCGGUCAACCUCACUUUCAGGGAGAGAAUGAAGGGGAGAAAAUAGGGGAGGGAGCACCAAAAACAGAGGAUCUCACAGCUGAUGAGGAGAGCGCCCCCUCUGUUCCAGAGGAGUAUCUGUCUCCAGAGGAAAUCUACAGAAAUGGGUUUAAUCUGGACAUAGGGAGCAACCUGCAUUUAAUCUCCACUCUUUUACAUCGGAAAUACACAGCAGUGUCUCUGCGCAGUCUCACCACUGAAGUGCUAAAGGUUCUAAAUGCCACUGAGGAUUUGAUCCAAGGCACCAUGGGAGAUGGAGAGAGCCAAUCAGAGCACAGAGAUGGGUCCAACAUCCCCCUUUCCCCAGCUGAGAGCAAAAGACUGGAUGAGCAGCUCAGCAAACUCGAGGAGAAUGUUUAUGUGGCAGCAGGGUCAGUGUACGGACUGGAGGCAGAACUGGGAGAACUGGAAGCAUGUGCUCGCAGUAUCAGCAGUGCUACCACAGACAUGGAGCUAGCCCAUCUGGAGGAACAAGUAGCCUCUGCAGCAGCCCAGGUGCAGCAGUCUGAGCUCCAGGUGUCAGACAUUGCUGCAAGAAUUGCAGCUCUAAAAAAUGCAGGUCUGAAUGUAGCACCACAGACGCGCUUUGCCAAAAUCAAGGUGAAAUCUAAGCCAGAGACCAUAGACUCAUCCCGACAGCAGAGGAGACGAUUGCCAGCACCCCCUAAGAAAGAUAAAGAAGCUUACUGAACUCUGAGCCAGUGUCCUGGGAAUACUAGCGAUGAGCAGACUGGUUCUCCAGCCUCACACACCAUGCCUCUG